AUGGGUUCCGUUGUCCUUCCUCAUCUUCCCACUGCCUGGCAUGUGGACCAGGCCAUACUUAGCGAGGAAGAGAGGCUUGUUGUCAUAAGAUUUGGCCGGGAUCAUGAUCCUGACUGCAUGCGGCAGGAUGAAAUUCUCUACAAGAUCUCGGAACGUGUUAAGAACUUUGCCGUGAUCUACCUCUGCGAUAUCGACCAAGUUCCGGAAUUUAACGAAAUGUACGAGCUCUACGAUCCGAUGACGAUUAUGUUCUUCUUCCGCAACAAGCACAUGAUGUGCGAUUUCGGGACGGGCAACAACAACAAGCUCAAUUGGGUGCUCGAGGACAAGCAGGAGUUGAUCGACAUCAUCGAGACGAUCUACAAGGGCGCGAAGAAAGGGCGCGGUCUGGUCGUCAGUCCGAAAGAUACCGGUACUGAAAUCGUUUUGCCGUCAAUCUAUCUCUAUGCUUUGCUUUUUGUCCGCCGUGGUCUGCGGGAGUUGAUCGGCGGUCCAUGA